CGUUUGCAAUGAUGCAGGAGUGCAAGGGGAUUGGUUGAGACGGAGGAGAGUGUCACUGCCCAUGAGGGGGAGCUCUGAGGAUGCUCUGAUGAGCUGGGAGGGAAUACAGUCGCUGAGACUUUGCAUUGGGAGCUCAGCCAUUAUCAGCUAAGAGAAGAGACUCUGCUGCAGAAUCGUUUUCCACACCCAGCAAUCGUUGCCUCUUCCAGCGUCCAGCCAUGAAUUACCUGCGCCGCCGUCUCUCGGACAGCACGUUCAUCUCCAACCUUCCCAAUGGCUACAUGACAGACCUCCAGAGGCCUGACCCUGCUCAGCCUCCUCCAUCUGCUUCCUCCAACACCACCACGACCCCCACAGCCAAGUCUCCCACAACCGGGCCUGCACCUGCAGCCACUUCCCCUGCACCGGAGAGGAAACCCCAGCAGUCUCAGUCCACGGGAGCGGGCUUCUUCAGCUCCAUCACCAACGUUGUGAAGCAGACCGCUGCCUCAGCGGGGCUUGUGGAGCAGACCCAAGUCACGACACCAAAGAAGUUCAAGAUCCUCCUGGUCAUCGACGAGCCUCAACAGGAGUGGCCCAAAUUGUUCAAAGGAAAGAAAAUAUACGGGGACUAUGACAUCAAAGUGGAGCAGGCUGAAUUCAAUGAGAUCAAUGUUGUGGCUCAUGCCAACGGCUCCUGCAUUGUCAACAUGCAGGUUUGGAGGAACAGUACCAAGGUUGUCAGGUCAUUCAAGCCAGACUUUGUCCUCAUUCGUCAACACGCCUUCAGUAUGACCCAGAACGAGGAUUUUCGCAACCUAAUCAUCGGUCUGCAGUACGGAGGCGUCCCGAGCAUCAAUUCCCUCGAGUCGAUCUACAACCUGUGUGACAAGCCCUGGGCGUUCGCUCAACUAAUAAACACGCACAGGAAACUGGGUGCUGAGAAGUUCCCUCUGAUUGAACAGACCUUUUACCCAAACUACAAGGAGAUGGUAAGCAUGCCGUCAUUUCCUGUUGUCGUGAAGAUUGGACACGCCCACUCCGGUAUGGGAAAGGUGAAGGCGGACAAUCACAGUAAGUUCCAGGACAUAGCCAGUGUCGUGGCUCUCACCCAGACAUACACCACCACAGAACCUCUCAUCGACUCCAAGUACGACAUCCGAAUCCAGAAGAUCGGCACCGACUACAAAGCCUACAUGAGAACAUCUAUUUCUGGUAACUGGAAGACAAACACGGGCUCAGCCAUGCUUGAACAGGUGGCCAUGACUGACAGGUAUAAGCUGUGGGUUGACACUUGCUCAGAGAUUUUCGGGGGCCUGGACAUUUGCGCAGUUAAAGCCAUCCACGGAAAAGACGGCAGAGACUAUAUCACAGAGGUGGCAGGCUCCUCCAUGCCUCUGGUGGGGGAGCACCAGGCGGAGGACAGGCAGCUCAUUGCUGACAUGGCGCUGGCAAGGAUGAACCAGUUAGCAGAGAUAGAAGCUAACGCUCCACAGAGACCCACCACCAUACAGCCAUCCCAGGGAGCCGGUCAGAAGGGAGAGAUCGUUGGUGAACCCACCAAGAACGGAGCUGGGCGUCCGCCUCAAGGUUGCCUGCAGUACAUUCUCGACUGCAAUGGCGUGGCCGUGGGUCCAAAACCGGUCCAGGCAAACUGAGUCACCCGGCAGAGCCGAGGAUUCAAAUCUCAAGAGUCUAGAUCACGACGACGUGACCUUGGACGAAACACGAGCGCAGACGUGUGUGUGUGUGUGUGUGUGUGUGUGUGUGGAUGCUGAUAGCUGUAGAAUUGGAUGUUGGUGACAUGGAGCUCGGUGCUGCCCGAGCGCUGGCCUGGACUGUGUUUAACUCUAUGCAGUGUCAAAAAUGUACUGUCUUACUCGUUGACCUGUUGAUUUGUGUGCUUGUAUAGGUCACCUAUGUUUCAGUAGCUGUGUGUUUUUUUUCCUUUGGGGCUGUUGUCGAUGAUGUAAAAAGCAGAUUGUGCCUACACUGAUUUCAGUGCUGCUCUGUGCUCUCCCCCCCAGCUGUGACUCCUUCACUUUCUGUUUUCUAUUUAAGUGUGUAGAUAUUGUUCAAACUGUGGACUAUUGUGCAGUUUGGACACAUUUUGUGUGUAUCUCAAUAUGUAUACAGUGUGUGUGUGUGUGUGUGUGUGUGUAUGACUGUGGUGUAGUGGUGAUUAUUUUUCACAUUUUUUACUAAUAGAUAUUUUUUAUUUUGUUUGGGUUUUGCAUGAUUGAUACAAACGCAGGUGUACGUCAAGUUCUAAGUGUCUGAUGAAGUGAGAUCGCCGUUUUAACCCCUCGACCUUGAGGUCACUUACUUAUUCACUACCAAACAUUAACAUUCACACAGCGACGGUGUGCGUGCGCGCGCGCGUGUGUGUGUGUGUGUGUACACGUACAACACAGAAAAUGCAGUAUGUUGCCUUCCAUGACGUUCAAUCCCUCAUUUCACAGUGUUACAAAAGAAGAUAUUAUGCUCAUUAAUAGACAGAAAUAUAAAGAAUAACAUAUGUAUUAAAGAUAUUUAUGAUGUAGGAUCAGGAAAGAAGAGUUAUAGAAUCUUGAACCAAAGAGUAAAUGAUUUACUUGGAGUGAAAGUCUAUUGUAAAUAUCAGCGGAGAAUAUAAUAUAUACAAUAAUCUGUGGCAGUGACCCGUCGUUUUGGCUAUUCCAUCGCGUGGAGAGCGGACAACAUGAUAGGAUAAUGAAAGAGUGUAUAAUGUAUAAUCUAGUCCAUCCCACCCCCCCACAAGCCCAUCCCCACGGUGCUGCCAUGGCAACAAAGGGAAACGCUCGGUGGUUCAGUGUGUGCUCACGUUACUGCCAUGUUCGCCAUGAUCACACUCUUCCAGUGAGCAGGUGGAAAGUGCAAUAUCAUUUUUUUUCCUCCAAAAAUUUAUGAAUAACAUUUCUUAUGACUUAUUUGAUUUGAAAUCAGAUCUUCCAUCAAAGUCAAAAAACUCUAAAAAUAAAAAAACUAUAUUCCUACAUUCAUUCAUUCGUUCAUGUUUUAAUCCAACACCCGACAGGUGACGCAGCUAAAGAGCAACCAAAAUCAACUGUCAAAAACAACAAAAAC